AUGUCGCUGUCCUCAAGCGGAAAUGUCAUUACUGGGGCCAAUGGUAGGCUAGAUGUUUAUGUUAGCAAAGCUAAAGAUCUACCGAAUUUGAGAAAACUAGAUAAACAAGAUCCGUUUGUUAAGCUGCGGAUAGCUCACCUUACCGAGAUUUCGCCCGUUAUUUAUCGUGGGGGUCAAACGCCAAAGUUUGACUUCCAUUGUGUUUUCCAGCUAACACCUGAUAUGAAACCUCUUCUUUCUGUUGAGCUUUACGAUGACCACGACCAUAAACAUGGAUCCAGGCUUAUCGGCAAGUGUGAAGUGGAUCUUCUGCCUGCAUUAUUAAGUGACCCUGAAGAAGGGCAUGAUCAAUGGUACUAUUUAAACAAGGGAAGCAUUGAGGCCGGGAAGGUGUAUAUCGAGUUGACAUUUGUUCCAAACGCUAUAAGCGAGAGCAGGAACAUUGAAGUGUCGAAUAUGGAUUUUAGCAUCCAAUCUAGAACAGUUCCGCCUCUACCUUCAGAUCCUCCUGAGUUCCAUGACCAAUACAAUAUGGCAACUUCUAGUCUAGGGCAACGGACUGGGUCAUCACUCGUCCCAGGCGGAUACGUUCAUGGCUCCCAUAUGAGAUCAAGGUCGCCUGUUGUAUCUAGCCAUUCGGUCGCUAGAGCAUCUUCAUAUUACCCUGGAGAUCAACAGCGGGUACAAGUGCAAGAACCAGCAGAUUUUGAUGUAUCUAUGGGUUCAAAUGCAACUACAGACACAUACCAUUCACAACAAACUCAGUCAACAGAAGGUUUGAUGGACAAACUAAAACUCAUAAAAGAAAAACUCAACUACUUCAAGAACGGAUCAUCAGAUCCAUCGAAUGAGAGUGUUGCCAAUAAUGCGAUGGAUCUGGAAGUGUUACAAAAAGUUGUGGGUGCCGGAAUGGAAAGCUCAUCUACUUCGAGAGUUCCCUCUCACAUAAAUGUGCCAACAUCUGUGGCUAAGAAUUUCCAAGAACCACCACUGCCACCUAUUCCAACAUCAGCAAACAGAACGCCAAGCCGCACAUCUGUAAGAGAUUCUCCUACAAGAUCUCCAUUCAGACCUCCCGUAUCGCCAAGAUUGCCUGAUCUACCCACAAACUACUCACCGGCUUCUUCAAGACAUGGCCCACCUUCACCAACAAGAAGAAGACCACCGCCAAUGUGA